UCCAUCCUUAAAAAAUAAAAAAAAAUUGAAUAGAAAGCCUAAACUUUUAGUAUUUCUUGAAAGAUAAAUUAGGAUUAUUUUUUUUAAAUUAAGGGUGAUUUUAACAUCCCUCCCCUUCAAAUCACCUCAAUUUGGAGGAAUGGAAAAUCACUCUACAAGGAAUUUUAAUCCCCUUCUCGCCCCUCCGCUCCUAAAAAGUUGAACCAAACAUGUCAUAGCUUUUUCAAUCUCACAAAUGCUUAUGUUGUAGAUAAGUUCAAAUAAGUCAAUCCAAACAUUACCUAAUACUAGUUGAGUGCAUAAAAAUGAUCCAAAGCACUUCAUAUUCAUCUGAGUUCUACUAUUGUUGAUUUGAACUGUGUUGUGAACUCUGAAUUGUAAUGUCUUUUGUUGUUUCUCUAUAUAUCAAGCAUUGCAUGAAUCAAAGUUGUUCUUUUAUCUUCUAAUAGGCUUGGUGAUGGGACAAGGUUUUGAUCAAAUAAAAGCAGAGUGAUUUGGAUCUUUCUAUAUUGUAAUCUAUGGGGACUAAAAACAUAGAUCGUACAGGCUUCCCUGCAAGACCUGUUUCCAUACCUUUUGUUUCUUCCCAGAUGCCAUCUUUUUCAUCUAUAGGAUUCGCUGCUGCAUCGGAGCCUCCUUCUUUCCGACCUACUCCUCCUGAAACCCCCGUGCCAUUUUCAUUGUCUGGACCUGUGGUUCAACCUGGGGCACCUUGUUUUAGACCUGCACCACCAAGGUUAAAUUACCCAUCCGAGCCUCUUCCUCCCCCUUCCCCAUCAUCCAAUGUCCCCACAAUGCCGGCUGUUGGACCUUUCCAGCAUUUUCCAGCACCGUCCUUUUCCUCACCGGCUCAGCCUCCUCUUACACGGGCUGUUACGCCCAUGGAACAACAAUCAUUUCAACCUCCUGCAAAUCAAGCACGCCCUUUUCUCUCAUCUCUUCCGCCUCCUGCAAAUCAAGCACCUCCUUUAUUCCCAUCUCUUCCGCCUCAGCCGCAAAUGCCUAAUGUUCCAAUGGAAUCUCCACCUAUUGGUUCAAAUGUUCCCCCUCCUUCUCAAUAUCAGCCAUCUUUUCCUGGAUACACCCAUAUGCAGCCUGGUGCUGAAAUGCAUGCUCCACCUAUGCAUUCCUCUAUUCCUGCUAAUCAAGGAAAUUAUGGACCUGCAGCAUCUUCUCCUUUUAAACCUCAUCAAGGAGGAUACAUUCCAUCAUUUCCAAUGGCUAAUCCACUAGGUAUCCAGCCUACACAGCAGCCAGGAUCAAUACCCCCUACUGGUUCCAUUCAAGGCUUAACAGAAGACUUCAGUUCAAUCACAAUGCAAACUCGCCCUGGAACAAUGGAUCCAUUAUUUGAUCCUAAAGAACUUCCUAGGCCGUUGGAUGGUGAUGUGAAGCCGACAAAUUUGACUGAGAUGUAUCCCAUGAACUGCAGUCUCAAAUAUCUACGAUUCACCACCAGUGGAAUUCCUAACUCUCAGUCCUUAGCUUCAAGGUGGCAUCUGCCUCUUGGAGCAGUAAUAUGUCCGCUUGCCGAAUCUCCUGAUGGGGAAGAGGUGCCUAUAAUUAAUUUUGCUCCAGCUAGUGUUGUGCGCUGUAGAAGAUGCCGCACAUAUGUGAAUCCUUAUAUGACAUUUACAGACGUUGGUAGAAAGUUCAGGUGCAAUGUAUGCACCACGCUUAAUGAUGUUCCUAGUGAAUAUUAUGCACAAUUAGAUGCCACUGGCCAAAGAAUUGAUUUGAAUCAACGACCCGAGCUUACAAAGGGUACUGUAGAAUUUGUUGCCCCAACUGAGUAUAUGGUGCGGCCUCCUAUGCCCCCAUUAUAUUUCUUCCUCAUCGAUGUUUCUAUGUCUGCAGCUAGAAGUGGCAUGAUUGCGGUUGUAGCCCAAACAAUCAAGUCUUGCUUAGAUGAGCUGCCUGGCUUAUCACGAACACAAAUAGGGUUUGCAACUUUUGACAGCACAAUUCAUUUUUACAAUAUGAAGUCAUCCUUGACUCAACCACAGAUGUUGGUUGUCUCUGAUCUGGAUGACAUAUUUAUUCCGCUGCCAGAUGAUCUUCUUGUUAACUUAUCUGAAUCUAGAAGUGUGGUGGAGAGCUUCCUAGAUAGCUUGCCAACUAUGUUCCAGGACAAUGUUAAUCUGGAAUCAGCUUUUGGUCCGGCUAUUAAGGCUGCUUUAAUGGUUAUGAGUCAACUUGGAGGGAAAUUGUUAAUUUUUCAAAAUACACUACCAUCUCUUGGUAUUGGUCGCUUAAAGUUACGUGGAGAUGAUUCUCAUAUUUAUGGGACAGAUAAAGAACAUGGUUUGAGACUGCCCGAAGAACCGUUUUACAAGCAAAUGGCUGCUGAGUUGUCUAAGUGCCAAAUUUCAGCAAAUAUAUAUGCAUUCAGUGAUAAGUACACUGACAUAGCCUCCUUAGGAACUCUGGCAAAGUACACUGCUGGUCAUGUGUAUUAUUAUCCAGCUUUCCAAUCAUCUAUUCAUGGGGAGAAGUUGAGACAUGAAUUAAGAAGAGACCUCACAAGAGAGACUGCAUGGGAAGCUGUAAUGCGUGUUAGAUGUGGAAAAGGUGUUCGUGUCACGACUUAUCAUGGAAACUUCAUGCUAAAGUCCACAGAUUUGUUGGCACUUCCAGCUGUAGAUUGUGAUAAAGCCUUUGCCAUGCAGUUAACACUUGAAGAAACAUUGUUGACAACUCAGACAGUUUAUUUUCAAGUUGCAUUGCUUUAUACUGCAUCUUGUGGAGAAAGGCGUAUAAGAGUACACACGAUGGCACUGCCAGUAGUUACAGACUUGGCUGAUAUCUAUCGUUUGGCUGAUACUGGUGCAAUUGUAUCUCUGUUUAGUAGGUUAGCAUUUGAGAAAACAUUGUCCCAUAAACUGGAAGAUGCACGAAGUGCGUUGCAACUGAGAAUUGUGAAAGCCCUGAAGGAGUAUCGAAAUAUUUAUGCUUUGCAUAAUCGCUCGGCCAACAGAAUGAUAUAUCCUGAGUCUUUAAAAUUCCUAAUGUUGUAUGGAUUAGCUCUUUAUAGAUCAAUGGCUCUACGUGGAGGGUAUGGCGAUGUUCCACUGGAUGAACGAUGUGCAGCGGGACAUACAAUGAUGGCUCUUCCUAUAAAAAGAUUGUUGAAACUUCUAUAUCCUAGUUUCAUUCGACUUGAUGAAUAUCUUCUGAAGGCAUCCGUACAGGCUGAUGACUUCAAAAUUAUCGAGAGAAGGUUACCUUUGACUAGGGAAAGCUUAGACUCUAGGGGCCUUUAUAUAUACGAUGAUGGCUUCAAGUUCAAUAUAUGGUUUGGUACAGUGAUUUCACCUGAUAUUGCAAAGAAUUUACUUGGAUCGGAUUUUGCGGGAGAAUUAUCAAAGGCUACUCUCAAAGAGCAUAACAAUGAAAUGUCGAGGAGGCUGAUUAGGGUACUCGAAAAAUUAAGAAAUAGUGAUCAAGCAUAUUACCAGUUGUGCCACCUAGUGAGGCAAGGUGAACAGCCCAAAGAAGGAUUCCUCCUUCUUGCAAACCUUGUGGAGGACCAGAUGGGCGGCAAUGGUGGGUACGCUGAUUGGAUGCUACAGAUAUCCCGACAAGUGCAACACUGAUAAUACAUAGGUACAGACUGUCAUCUUUAUUAGGGGUAGUAACAACAGGCAUGCUGAUUUGAUGCUACAGACAUCCCGACAACACGUGCAAUACUCAAAAUAUAUAGCUUCCCUAGCAGGAUAAGCAGGGUUUUGUCAGACUUCUGUCUCAAAAAAGAAGAGUAUUUCUUUCUGCAUUAAAAAUAAACUGAAUCUAGCCUUUGCAGUGCAUGGUGAAGGGUAGUUUCAUGACUUGGCUAGUUCGUCAUUGUGACCCCUUAGAAGGAAGCUUCUAUGAGACUUUUGGUUCAACCUUGAAUGAUAGAUGAACUCUACCGUGGUGAUUGAACAGCCGUUGAUAGAGGAAAAUGAAGUAAAGAAACAAUUUAGGUGCAUGUAUUUUUUCCUUGCGAUACAAGUUUGACUCAUUCUGCUGUUAGUGUGUGGCUGAUUCAGUCAUUUUUGUAGAAAAAGAAAGUAGACAGAAAGAAAGAGAUGACACGGUAAAAUUAGUCUGCAAGAUAUGAAUUUUGUUUGGUUACUAUUAUGAUUAUUUACUUUGAUAUUUUUUGUUUGAAACUGUUGUCUUUCUUUGUGAUUUAGAGUAUGUUUUACUCCUGCUGUCUUAAUUGAA